AUGACGGGAAGAACUCAGAGUGGUGGCGACAACGUCACCACAGCGUCACUGCCCUCUCACAGUGCUGGAGUAACACAUGACCACAAUGAUCUUCAGAAAGAGGAACAGAACAUCAUAUGUGGCGCCCUGGAGCUGCACAAGAAGACUGUUGGAGAGGUUAUGACCAAACUCGAUGAUGUCUUUAUGCUUAAUGUUGACACCAUUCUAGACUUUAAUUCCAUCAAUGACAUAAUGCAGCAAGGAUAUUCUCGUGUACCCGUGUAUGAUGGAGAACGUACAAAUAUUAUUGCAGUUUUAUUCAUCAAGGAUCUAGCGUUCAUUGACCCAGAUGAUAACACACCUCUCAAGACACUGUGUCAGUUCUACCAGAAUCCCUGCAACUUUGUUUUUGUUGACACUACAUUGGAUGUCAUGUUUAAAGAAUUUAAAGAAGGUGCAAAAGGUCAUAUGGCCUUUGUUCAUCAAGUUAACAAUGAAGGCGAAUGUGAUCCAUUUUAUGAAGUGUUGGGCCUUGUUACUCUGGAGGAUGUGAUUGAAGAGCUCAUUCAGGAAGAAAUUGUGGAUGAAACAGAUGUGUUCACUGAUAAUCGCUCCAGGCGUCGUCGUCAACACGUUGGUCGACCUGACUUUGCAGAGUUCUCCCAACCAGGCAACCAGACAAAUCACAAGCGUGCGCCCAUCUCCCCCCAGUUGCAGGUAGCAGCUUUGCAGUAUCUUCGUACAUCUCUUGAACCAUUUAAGGAAGGUCAGCUGUCAGAAAUGAUAGUCAAAAAGCUGCUAAAUCAAGAUGUCAUUCACAGCAUUAAGUUACGACACAAGGAACAGUCCAGGGUUGAUCAGCAGCAUACCUACUUAUAUACACAGGGGAAACCAGUUGAUUUCUUUGUUCUCAUACUGGAGGGUCAUGUGGAGGUUACCAUAGGAAAAGAGAACUUGUCAUUUGAAAGUGGGCCGUUUACCUACUUUGGAAUGGCAGCACUCUCUCAGGUCCAAUCUAUAGGAGAAUCCCCAUCUGCAUCCACUCAGCUCAGCAAAGGAAGCAUGCUAGGGAGCGUUCAGUCUCUUGAUUCCACAAAGUUCUCCUUCACACCUGAUUAUUCUGUUCGUGCUGUUACUGAGGUUAUGUACUUGAAGAUUAGACGUUCACACUAUAUUGCUGCUCGUUGUGCAUUCCUCCUAGAGCAAGCUCAGAAAGAACCACAUGGAGAAGAACACUUUGAGAAUGAGAUUGCUAAAAUGCUCAUUGAGGACGAUGGAUCAAGUUCACCAAACUGGGAGAACACCCAACUGUCAGGCCCUAACUCCAAGGAGAGUUCGGGUUUGGCAAAUGGAUCUGCUGUGAACGCAUUUGAUGGAACUGACAAUAUCGAAAUGACUAUUAAGAACCAAAAGAUGGGCUAUGACUGGGAUCCACCAUCCCCAGUUGCACCAAACGGGCUUAAAAAUUCCAUUUCAGUACCUGGAACUCCAAUCAGUGGCCAAAGUCAGAGCAGUAUGAAGCCAAGCAGCAGUUUUACAAAUUUACAUGAUAUACCAUCAUCCUUCAGCAGCAUAAGUGUCCACACUGACAAAAAACCUUUAAUUUCAGAAAAUGACAAUAUGUCAUUGACCAAUAAUUUGAGUGCAAGUUCCAUUGAAGACAAUGGUGAACAGAAUGUUGUUGGAACCCCUGAUGUUUUGCCAAACAUGAAUCGUCACUUGAGCCUUGAUUAUAAACAAAACAAUCUUGACAGUGAAGGGGUCAUGGCUCAUAAAUGCGACUCAUCAUUUUCUUGAGAAAGGGCUAUGCAGACAAACGUGAAAGUGAUUUUCAUAUUAUUACUUGAAUUAAAAGGUGUUAAUCAUUUUUACAUUAAGCCAUUCAUAUUUACUACAAGAAAUAAAAUGUCAGAAGAAAAAGUGGUAAAAUUAGUUAUAGCAUUUAUUAUAUACAAUUAUAGAGAUAGAUGACAGGAAUUAGCAACUUUUUAGGAAUCAGAAAUUGGAAAAUAUGAUACACGUACAGUACAGGUUGGACCCCGCUAAUCUGGGACCUGAUAGUCCGGCAGCUUCGAUGCUUUGGGCUGGUGUCAUAGCCACUUCUAGUGGCUGUUGCCACUAUUUUACUUUAAAUACUUAUAAUUUACCCCUAUAUGUGCCUCCUAAGAGACCAGCAAGCAGUGGAAGUGGUUGUAAUACGGCAAAACGCUAGCAUGUAACAUUAACUAUUUUGGAAAGGUGUCUAUACUGAAGAAAUUAUUGCUAAUCUGGAACCGGUCUGGUCCUAAGCUUCCCGGACUAGCGAGGUCCAACCUGUAUAUAAUUUUUAUGUAAUUUUUAAAUACUAUUUUGCCAAACAUCCAAAUUUAUCCACCAAAUUAAUAUUAUUAAUUUUAGCAAUAAUUUUGUGUGUAAUUUAAGUACAUUAUAUAUUUACUGGCUAAAAUUUGGGCCAUGUAGAAAAUUAACUUAGCUAAUACAAGGAAGAUCUGAUAUUAGAACUGGUAGUUUGAAAUGGAAGGAUAGUAUAUUUCUGUUAGCCUUAGCAUAGAACUGGUAGUGUUCAUCACUGGUGUUUAAGGGUGACAAAAAUUGAUGAAAUUCUGUUCAGUUUCCAGUGUUGUUUACAGCCAAUUAUGGUAUUUAUUAUAUAGGCAGCAACUGUUACAGAAUGCAUAUGGUGAGGUUACUGUUGUUUUUGACAAGGAUUAGGUCAAAAUUUUUAUCUUCUCAGUAAUGAUGGAUAGCAGAUAUUCAGAUACAGUUCUGAUGGAUUCCAUUCAAUUUGACCUUUUUGGUCAAUUUGAUCGUGGUUAUAUUAUUCAAUAACUGGUUGAUAUACAUAACAAGUAUGACUUUAUGCUUAAAAUACACUAUGGUGGAUUAGUUCCCGGGAGUUUAGGGUUAUGUAUUAUAGAGAACAGAUAUAAUAAAUUCAUAUUUCUUGGAUAAUACUUUUUAGAAUCUGCAUAUUUGCAUGUAAUUUUUUAAUAGUUUUUACUGGUGUUGUGACUAACAUUAAUAUUUAUUUAGAAACUGUUAUUCUGAAUUGGAUUCAUCUGAGACACAAACAGUUCUUACAUUUAAGCAAGAAAAAGACAUAUUCUUACCUAUAUUUAUCUCCUCCAUAUAUUGAAUAAUACAUGAAAAUAGUCUUUUAAUUUUUCAUUUCUUAAGAUGUCUGUCACAUAUUGUGGACUUGAGCAGCAGCAUUUGUUGGGUUCUCAUUAUUUGUUGUCUAACAGUUUUUGCAGUUCUUAAUUUUUAGUAUUUUUAUAAAUCGUGAUGAGUGUUAGUAUACAUGAAGGUUUUAAAUUCGGCAUCAAAAUUGUCAGGUAGUUCAUGAAAAUCUACACUUAUUUCCCGUAUAUUGUAUUACAGUAAGCUCAGGGUCGAAAAAUUUCUGUAGUCAUUUGUUCUCAAAACAAUAUACUGUAUUUAUUUAUUUUUAAUAAAUGCCCUUGAAAUUAAUUAAUUAAAACUAACAACGAAUUAUUUAAACGAAAGAAGUUACAGUAUUUGCAUAAUGUUAGAAUAACAAAUAUCUUUUGUAAGUAAUAACAACUUUUUACUUUACUUUUAUCCUCUUCACCACUGAUCGGCUCGUUAGCCGCAUGGGCGGUUGGUCACAUCUCUGUUGGCACGUAAUAGGCAUGCACUGGCUCCUGAGUGUGUCUGAACCUGCUCCAG